CGUGUGCCGCCCUCAACGCGGCUUCCCUCUCCAAUUUAGGGUCACGUUUCUUACUGCCCUGCUGGGGUUGGCUCUCUGAGUGAAGGUUGGUUCAGGGUGCAGGGCAGCCCACCAGGCCUGAGGGGUUGAUGGUGCAGGGUGAGCCGAAUAUGCUGUCAUUCAAGGAUGUGGCCAUUAAUUUCUCUGCAGAGGAGUAUGAAUACCUGGACUCUGCUCAGUGGAAUCUGUACAGGGAUGUGAUGCUCGAGAUUUACAGCAACCUUGUGUUCCUGGGCCUUUCUUUCUCCAAGCCAUUACUGGUCAGAUUUCUGGAGAAAAACCAAGAGCUUCGGAAUGUGAAGAGUCACGCAGCAGCUGUGCACCUCCGAGGAAAGAAACCUUAUAAAUGUAAAGAAUGCGGCAAAGCCUUCGCUAAGAACUCAAUUCUUACUUAUCAUCUGAGAAUUCAUACCGGAGAGAAACCCUACAAGUGUGAUAAAUGUGGCAAGGCCUUUUCAGUGCCUUACACACUUAAUAACCACCAGAAAGUUCACACUGGAGAGAAACCCUACAAGUGUGACUUAUGUGGCAAGGCCUUUACUGUGCCUUCCACACUUAUUAACCACCAUAAAAUGCAUACCGGAGAGAAACCCUACAAGUGUGACGUAUGUGGCAAGGCCUUUUCUUUGCCUUCCACACUUACUAACCACCAGAAAAUUCACACUGGAGAGAAACCCUAUGAGUGUGAAGUAUGUGGCAAAAAGUUUUCCAGUCCUGCAGACUUUAAGAAACACCAAAGAGUUCAUACUGGAGAGAAACCUUACAAGUGUGAAGAAUGUGAAAAACCCUUUAGUAGUCUUUCAGACCUUAGUAGACACAAAGUUGUUCACACUGGAGAGAAACGUUACACCUGUGAAAAAUGUGGCAAAUCCUAUAACAGGAGUCACCACCUUAAUCGACACAAGCAGGCUCACACUGGACAGAAAUCCUAUAAGUGCAAAGAAUGUGGCAAAAUGUUUUACUAUGCUUCAGGCCUUAAAAGACAUCAAAGAAUUCAUUCUGAGGAGAGACCCUAUGAGUGUGAGGAAUGUGGCAAAACCUUUCCCUGUCCUUCAGAUGUUACUCAACAUGCGAGAACCCAUAAGAGAAUGAAGCAAUACACCUGUUUAAAAUGUGGUGAGUGCUUUACUAUUCAAACAACGUUUUCCAAUCUCCGUAAAAUUCGUCUUGAGGGAAAACCAUCUGAAUGUGAAAGAUGUCAAAAGAGCUUUUAAAGGCUCUUAGUAAAACACACCAAGUGUUCAAACAACUAGCCUGCAAAUGUGAAAGAUGUGGCAACUGUUUUGUGUGUCUUUUAGUUGUUGCUCAACCUCACACGAUUCACACCUGAGAGAAACCCUGCAUGUGUGCAGAAAAGGACCAGAGUUUAGCUAUUCCUGUGUCUUGUGUAUAAGCAUUGGCAAGUCUGUUCUGAUGAGGGAGCCCACAAAAGCAAUCAAUUUGGCAAGUUCUUUACCUGUUCUUCGCACCUUAAGUAUCGCCCCUUUAUACUGCAGAGGCACUCUCCAUGUACAAGCAUUGUGCCAAAGCCUUGACUAAUACUUCCUUUUCAUCACCACCAAAGAACUGACAUAGGUGAGAAACUCUGCAGAUGUCCUUGUUAGCUUCAAGUGUCAACUUCACAUAGCCUAUCAUUAUCUGAGGGACUUUCAACUAGGUAUUUGACUCAAUUGGAUUAGCCUAUAGGCAUGUCUUUGGGGACAUUUUCUUGAUUUUUAAGUGAUGUACAUUAGUCUAUCCAAGGAUAAGGAGUGCCACCCCAGGGCAAAUGUUCAAAGCUAUAUAAAAAUUCUUGGUGAGCACAAGCAUGAUGGAGCAAGGAAGAAGCUGUUCUCUAUGGCAGUGGUUUUCAAUCUUCCUAUACUGUGACCCUUUAAUACAGUUCCACAUGUUUAAUACAGUUCCAUAAAUGUAUUUCAUUGCUACUUUGUAACUGUAAUUUUGCUAGUUAUGCUUUGUAAUGUAAAUGUCUGAUAUGCAGAUGGUCUCAGGUGACCCCUGUGAAAGGAUGGUCUGACCCUACAGGUUGAGAACAGCUACUCUGGUUUCUGUUUUAGUUGCUGCUCUGACUUCCCUGGAUGAUGAACUAUAACCUUUAAGCUGAAACAGAGCUCUCUUCCCCUAAGUUGUUUGUGGUCAUGGCAUUUGUCAUGGGAAGAGAAAUCAAAGUAAGAAAACAAUGAAUGUGGGAAGCUUUCAUUCUUCUGUCUACUUUAGCUGUCACCAGACUGUAGGGGAGAUAAUGUCACACAGCCUUUAUGUUUGUUCAACCUUCACUGGCCACUGGAGCAUUCACAUUGGAGAAAAGCCCUAUUUAUGGAAAGAAUAUGACAAGGACUAGAAAGGAACUUUGUGAAAGUUAUUGGAUAGCUGUUGAAUAGAUUCCAGUCUCCUGCAAUGUUUUCAAUUUGUGUGUAAGAGAAACCCUGCAAAUCUAAGUGUUAAGAGACAUUGUUUAUUCUUCGUACAUCAGAGAGUUUGUUUUGUUGAGAAAACAUGUAUAUAUGACACACCUCCUCCAACAAGGCCACAUCUCCUAAUCCUUUCUAAACAGUCCACCAACUGAGAACCAAGUGUUUAAAUAUAUGUAUGAGCCUAUGGGUCCAUUUGUACUCAAACCACAACGGUAGUGGACAAUAGCCUUCAACCAGGAGCCAGAUUAAACUCUCCUUAAAGCUG